CAUCGGUCGGUGGCUGCCGGCCGCAGCAGGCUACUUCCCCCAAGUCUCAGCUCAGCCAUCUUCCUCUCUCUCGCAGCCUCAGCUCUAGGAGAGCAUCUUCGACUCCGUCCAUCUCCCCCUCCCCGUGCGGUUCUUGGUGACGGCGUGGCGGCUUGGCUGGCCUCCCCUCGAGUUGACCGACUUUCCUUUCCUCCCCGUUCGGUCAUCUCGGAGAAGGGCUGAGGGGAUUUGAUUGACUUUCUGAAGGUUCCUGCUUGUUUCUUUCCUUGCGUUGCGGCUGCCGGCCGCCGGCCUCGCCGAUUUUUCUCUCCCCCCUUCAAGUGGCGGUCCAGAUCAGCUGAGGCUUUGCCAAGAACGGCUGGACCAUUGAGUUUUGUCUGCUCAGCGGCCGUACCUCUUGAUCCCUUCCGUUGCUGGCCAUAUCUAGCUUGCUGCUGCAAGGAGUAGUCCACCUCCCCUGCUUGGCAGUGACCUGUACCGGGGGAUUACAGUUUACCUGCUGAUCUUCAGGACAGGAAGUUUCCUUCAUCCUGUUAGCUAAGGAGAGCCAGAGAAGAUGGGGAAUUGCAUGAAAGCCACGUCGCGGGUGGAUCACAGCAUGAACACCGGCGCUGCAUAUCCAUCGAAAGUGACCAGCAAAACAAGCUUAUCAUCUGCUACUUCCACGAGUAAAACCAACUCAACUCGUUCAACCUUUACUCUUCCAUCUAUAAGGGAUCGGAGUGAGCAUUCUACUCCUAGGACAGAAUGUGAAAUCUUGUCCUCGUCAAAUUUGAAGGCAUUCUUGUUCAAUGACCUAAAAAAUGCGACCAAGAACUUCCGACCGGACAGUCUUCUUGGGGAAGGAGGAUUUGGGCAUGUUUUCAAAGGCUGGAUUGAUGAAUACACUCUUGCUCCUUCGAAACCGGGAGUUGGUAUGGUUGUUGCUGUCAAGAAGCUUAAACCAGAAGGUUUCCAAGGACACAAGGAGUGGCUGACAGAGGUUAACUACCUUGGCCAACUUCACCACCCAAAUCUUGUUAAGCUCAUUGGUUAUUGCACAGACGGUGAUAACCGACUUCUGGUCUAUGAGUUCAUGCCCAAGGGAAGUUUGGAGAAUCAUCUGUUCAGAAGAGGUGCUGACCCUUUGUCAUGGGCAAUAAGGCUUAAGGUUGCUAUCGGGGCUGCUAAGGGUUUGUCAUUUUUGCAUCAUGCAGAAAACCAAGUUAUAUAUCGUGAUUUCAAGGCAUCAAACAUUCUCCUUGAUUCGGAAUUCAACGCGAAGCUUUCAGAUUUUGGUUUAGCGAAAGCUGGUCCAACUGGGGAUAGAACUCAUGUUUCCACACAAGUGAUGGGCACUCAUGGAUAUGCAGCUCCUGAGUAUAUUGCAACAGGUCGCCUCUCCGCAAAGGCAGAUGUCUACAGCUUCGGGGUUGUGUUGCUCGAGUUGCUGACAGGGAGGCGAGCCGUGGACAAAUCGAAGCCAGGCCUAGAGCAGAACCUAGUCGACUGGGCGAAACCGCACCUGCGCGACAAGCGCAAGCUGUACCGUGUGAUGGAUACAAAGUUGGGAGGCCAGUAUCCGAAGAAAGGCGCACAUGCCAUUGCAAACCUCGCCUUGCAAUGCAUCUGCAACGAUGCCAAAAUGCGGCCACAGAUGUCUGAGGUCUUGGAAGAGUUGGAGCUACUGCAAGAGCCCAAAUGCAAUUCAGAGUCUCCACAGGUGGCCAUCCGGAGGACCUCAAACACUGUCCCAAAGUCACCGAUGAGAACCCAACCUUCGCCGAGGCGCUCUCUUGGAAAGGCGGCGUCGCCGUUACCAGCAUAUAGGACUGCGCACGUGCACUAGAAGCGUGGCGUGGGAAAGGACCAUAUGUACCUGUGCGGCUGUAUAUUUGGUGGUGUGAGCUGUGAGUAGUGCGAUGGUUGAGGCUUCUGGGUCAAGCUGACAGGGUGACAUGAGGGAUGACUACGGCAUUAGGAUCAUCAACUUGUUUUCACCAAGCUGAUAGUGAUAGGUGCUCAAAUAUUUCUCUGGUUGCUGAAUCAGGGUUUUCUCUUCAUAGUGAUGCCUCUUUGAAUGUUUCGUUGUGGAGAUGUUAGAAACUGUAAAAUGAAAAUAUUUCCAUGUUUUUUCUGUU